CUAACGCACUGGCCCCCCCCCCCCCCAUACAUACCUCGAUCUGCAUACGCCUAUCACCUGGAAGUGAAGGCUCCAUCACUUGACCUAAUAUCACAUUCAAAGGUUUGACUGCAGGAACUAUGUCAGUCAACACUCCCGAUCAUGGCGUUGGAAAACCACGCCUCCAUACUGCGCGCUCGUUCCCUAGAAUGGAUUCAUCUGAGCCCAGCCCUUUCAUCCGCUCCAGAGCCAAGACCGUCCAGUCGGUGGCAAUCCCAGAACUGGUAGACUCGGAAUCGCUUCCUUUGCCUCUAUCGUCAGCAGAAGAUGAGCAGGAUUCCGGCCCAGACCUGUUUGAAAAGACCGGCUCCCCGGACUUGACACACGACGAGGGCGGACAUGGAGAGGAAACGUCGGUUCUUACGCGAGGCAUGCAAGACCACACGGAAGAGCUUCCCAUCGAGCUGAUCAGUCUUACCGAUAGAUUCGUCAACUCCCUCACUGCCAAAGUUCACUCGUCACCGCCAACGGCCGACAGGGUAUCAGAUCGCUUUCAAGAAUUCUACGAACGGGCCGAGGCACAUAUCGCUACCCAUAUAUCAGCUCUUGCGUCACGCAUAAAUCGUGAUCCGUCGCCGUACGGCAGCAGAGGGAACUCGAACACUCAGGGCUCGGAUGGGCGGCAGAUGCUGACUGCCUCGGAAGUGACAGAAAAGAGGAUCGCUCGGAAGCACCUAGCGUCCAAGCGCAUUGCUCUGGAGGAGGCUGUAGAGCGGAAGGCUUGCGAGAGCAUUUAUGACAAGUUAUGGAGGCACAAAAGCACCCUGGAUGAAAUUAGGGACGAAAAGUUACGCUCAAAGACGGCGGCGCUUCUCCUGGUUGGCAUAAACCUAAAAGAUCUUGGGAUAGAGCUCGAUGUAAGCUCUAUCAGUGAGGAGAAGCAGAAAGAGGCCGAUGACUGUCUUUCGAUCGCCCGUGAUUGCCUAGCAAAGAUGAACGACGAGAAAUAUCCUUUGGGCAAGCUUCAACAACUGGCCGCCGCGCACAAGGCCAUAGUUGAUGCUCUGACUAAGUUACUGCCGUCAUCAUCGUCUGCCGAUGAGAUUCUACCUACUUUGAUCUACUGUCUCAUCACCAGCCCUCCCGAAGGGAUGAACGUCAUAAGCAAUCUGCUCUUCAUACAGCGAUUCCGAUCAUCCAGUAAGAUGGAUGGUGAGACCGCAUACUGUUUGACGAAUCUUGAGGCCGCUAUUAGCUUCCUCGAGAAUGUAGAUCUGUCUGACCUUCGCGGAGGAGCGCUGCAUGAAGACCAGACCAAACCCUCGAGUGAUGAUUCGACGACAGUCACGAAGACUGACUCCCCUCAGCCUACCAAGGACACACCAGUGUCGUCGGUCACAUCAGCGACUGCCUCACCCGAACUAUCGAGGCCAGCUGGACCAGGAGCAUCAGCCACAUUUCCCAGAACACAGUCUACGAGAAAUACUCAACAAGGCCGGCUGAAUAACCUAUUCCAGCCUCCUGCGAAGGUGCUUGGUGCUGCGAACGACGCAGUCCGUAACACCGCAGAUCAGGGCUUGAAAAAUAUAGGUGCAUCGUUGGACAGCAGUUUCAACUUCCUUUUUGGUCGCUUGAAAGAAUUACAAACUACUCAGUUUGCUACCAAAGACGGAGGAAACGCAGUUGUGCCAAAGACACUAGCAGAAGCUCGACGUCUGGUUACGUCGCCGAUUGCGUCUGAGAGCAGUCUGAACCCUGAUAUCAAUGCAGCCCGCGAGCCUCGUGCCACUGAUCGACCGCAACUGCGGCGAAUUGGCUCCAAAGCAGAAGACACUCUCUUAGGGUUGGUUGGUGGUCAGAGAACGCCUCGCGAUCGAAGUGCGGACAGCGUUCGGACGCAGGGUAGCGCCCCGAAGACGGGCGUCUCUUCAGGUCUGCAGAAGGAUGAGUCUCAGGCAUCGCCUGCAAUGUCCUCGUCAACAUCGACACCUACGCCCCUCGAAUCCAUGCGGAGCUUUGGGAACACGCUCAACCCACUUAAUCACAUUCCUGGCAUGAUCAGAAGCUUCAGCCGUGCUGCUCCGGAAACACCGAGCACCACCUUCUCAUCCCCCAACACCCCGACCGAGAGAAUCAGGCAAUCGAUCGUCUCCCGCGACUCUUCAUCCUCCAUCCACAGUACCUCAUCGAAAACUGAUGCGAAGCCCGAGCCGCCCAAAGUUGACCCGCCUAUUCAACGUUUCGUGCAGAUGCAGAACGCCAGCGAAAUGACCAUCGCAGAUGUGUCUACCCUUCUUGAGGAUUACAAGCGGCUUGCUGCAGCAUUAUCGAAGCAGACCUCGAACUGACGCAAUGCUGUCGGCGCAGCUACAACACUCAUUUUGAAUUUCUCUUAUAUUGAUUCCGUGUAUUAUCAUCUUCAUGGCGUGGGACGUAGUAAUCCUUGACGUUCCUUUGUGAUCGGUUGGUUCUCUGUGAGAUUGUGGGAUCACUGCUGGCGUUCAGUGGUCCCAAACCAAGCAUGUUGCAUUUUCCAGCCAGUCGGGCAUAUUAUCAAGUUUUUUGUCUAGCAUUUUUCUCAGGACCAACAAUGCGAAGCUUCUUCAUCUUCUUUUUCUCCGAGAAAAGGUCUAUAUGUAGAA